AUGCCCACCCCACUACCAGAAAAGCCCGUCGCGAGCGGCACCGCUUCCUCGCAAGGGGACUCGACGGAGAUAGAAGCCCAUUCCCACACCAACGAGAAGGCUGCUACCGACAAGAUUGACCUCGAGAAAGCCGACAGCAAGAUUGCGACCCCGCCCAAGGCCGCAUCCCAAGAAGAUCCCUUCAAACACCUGCCCGAUGACGAGGCAGCCGUGUUGAAGCGCCAGAUCAUCACCCCCGAAGUCAAGGCGGGCGUGGCGGCGCUCUACAGGUACUCCUCGACCAACGACAUCAUCAUCAUUGUCAUCUCCACCCUCUGUGCCAUUGCUGCAGGUGCCGCACUGCCGCUCAUGACGGUCAUCUUCGGCAAUCUGCAGAAUGUUUUCCAGGACUACUUCGUUUACCGGAGUAUGUCCUAUGACGACUUUACGGAUGAGCUUGCCAAGCUGGUCUUGUACUUUGUUUAUCUGGCCAUCGGCGAAUUCGUUGUCAGCUACAUCUCGACCGUCGGCUUCAUCUACACGGGUGAGCACAUCAGUGCCCAGAUUCGCAUUCACUAUCUCGAGAGCUGUAUGCGCCAGAACAUUGGCUUCUUCGACAACCUCGGCUCCGGAGAGGUCACAACGCGCAUCACGGCCGACACCAACCUGAUCCAGGACGGCAUGUCUGAGAAGGUUUCGCUGACCAUUGCCGCACUCGCCACAUUCAUCGCUGCCUUCGUUAUCGGCUUCAUCUUCUACUGGAAGCUGACUCUUAUCCUCUUCUCGACCGUCGUCGCCCUCGUCCUCGUCAUGGGCAGUGGAUCGACGUUCAUCAUGAAGUUCAACAAACAGUCCAUUGACUCGUACGCCCAGGGUGGCAGCUUGGCCGACGAGGUCAUCAGCUCCAUCCGAAAUGCCAUCGCCUUUGGCACCCAGGACCGCCUGGCCAAGCAGUACGAUGUUCAUCUCGUCAAGGCCGAGUUUUUCGGCUUCAGAGUCAAGGGAGCCAUUGGCUGCAUGGUCGCAGGCAUGAUGUGCAUCUUGUACCUCAACUACGGCUUGGCCUUCUGGAUGGGAAGUACCUACAUCCUGAGCGGCGAGGUGGACCUUCGAGCUGUCUUGAUUAUCAUGAUGUCGGUCAUGAUCGGUGCGUUCAAUCUUGGCAACGUUGCACCCAAUAUCCAAGCAUUCUCCACAGCUGUCGCUGCGGCCGCCAAGAUUUACAACACCAUCGACCGUGUGUCACCCCUGGACCCUUCUCUUGACACCGGCGACAAGCUCGAGAAGCUGGAGGGCACUAUCACACUGAAGGGCAUCAAGCACAUCUACCCUUCGCGGCCCGAGGUCGUCGUCAUGCAGGAUGUUUCCUUGACUAUUCCCGCCGGCAAGACGACUGCCUUGGUCGGCGCCUCGGGUUCUGGUAAGAGUACAAUUGUUGGACUUGUCGAGCGCUUCUACGAUCCUGUCCAGGGAUCCGUCUACCUGGACGGACAUGAUAUCACCAAGCUCAACCUUCGAUGGCUUCGCCAGCAGAUGGCCCUUGUUAGCCAGGAACCAACGUUGUUCGGCACGACCAUCUUCCACAACAUUCGUCAUGGCCUCAUUGGUACCCAGCAUGAGAACGAGUCUGAAGAAAAGCUGCGUGAGCUCGUCAUCGGAGCUGCAAAGAAGGCCAAUGCCCACGAUUUCAUCACCAGCCUUCCCGAGGGAUACGAGACAAAUGUCGGCGAGCGCGGUUUCCUGUUGUCUGGCGGCCAGAAGCAGCGUAUUGCCAUCGCUCGUGCCAUUGUCUCUGACCCCAAGAUUCUUCUGCUUGACGAAGCCACCUCGGCCCUCGACACCAAGUCGGAGGGCGUUGUACAAGCCGCCCUCGAGGUCGCCGCCGAAGGUCGCACGACGAUUACCAUUGCCCAUCGUCUUUCAACAAUCCGUGACGCUCACAAUAUUGUUGUCAUGUCCGAGGGUCGCAUUGUCGAGCAGGGAACUCACGACGAGCUUCUUGAACUGAACGCUGCCUACUACAACCUCGUCACCGCCCAGAACAUUGCCGCCGUGAACGAGAUGACCCCCGAGGAGGCGGCAGCCAUCGACGAAAAGGAUGAGCAGCUGAUACGUCAAGCUUCCCGAUCCAAGGAAGGCUACGUGCAUGAUCCGCAAGACGACAUCAACCUCAACCGCACCACCACCACCAAGUCAGCUUCCAGUGUUGCUCUCCAGGGCAAGCAGCCCGAACUGGAGAAGAAGUAUGGUCUCUGGACACUGAUCAAGCUCAUUGGCUCCUUCAACAAAAAGGAGGUGCACUUCAUGCUGAUUGGAUUGAUCUUUUCCAUCAUCUGUGGUGGUGGCAACCCAACGACAGCCGUAUUCUUUGCCAAGCAGAUUGUCACGCUCAUCGUGCCUGUGACGGAUCAGAAUCGCGAUCAGAUCAAGUCCGACUCGGAUUUCUGGAGUCUCAUGUAUCUGAUGCUUGCUCUGGUUCAGCUCCUCGCGUUUGCGACUCAAGGGAUCCUGUUCGCCAAGUGCUCGGAGCGACUCGUCCACCGGGUCAGAGACCGCGCUUUCCGCACCAUGCUGCGCCAGGAUGUUGCCUUCUUUGACAAGGACGAGAACACGGCCGGCGCACUGACGUCUUUCUUGUCGACCGAGACCACGCACGUGGCAGGACUGAGCGGUGUCACACUAGGUACCCUGCUCAUGGUCACCACUACGCUUGUCGCGGCGUUGGCGCUGUCUAUUGCCAUCGGCUGGAAACUCGCCCUCGUAUGCGCGGCAACGAUUCCACUCCUGAUCGGAUGUGGCUUCUUCCGUUUCUGGAUCCUCGCACACUUCCAACGCCGGUCCAAGGCUGCGUAUUCCUCUUCGGCGAGCUUCGCCUCCGAGGCCAUCUCGGCCAUCCGUACCGUUGCGUCCCUCACCCGCGAGCAGGAUGUCCUCGACAUGUACAAGAAGUCGCUGGCCGAGCAGCAGCGACGCAGUCUGCGAUCCGUCCUCAAGUCGAGUUCACUCUACGCUGGCUCUCAGUCUCUGACGUUCCUUGCUUUCGCCCUCGGUUUCUGGUACGGUGGCACACUCAUCGCCAGCCGCGAAUACAAUAUGUUCCAGUUCUUCGUCUGCUUUUCCGCCAUCAUCUUCGGUGCGCAGUCGGCUGGUUCCAUUUUCUCUUUCGCGCCCGACAUGGGCAAGGCGCAUCAGGCGGCGGGCGAGCUGAAGACACUCUUUGACCGCAAGCCGACCAUUGACACUUGGUCCACGGAAGGCGAGUCGCUCGAGUCGGUCGACGGCACGCUCGAGUUCCGCGAUGUGCACUUCCGCUACCCGACGAGGCCGGAGCAGCCCGUGCUGCGCGGUCUGAACCUCACCGUACGCCCUGGCCAAUACAUCGCGCUCGUUGGCGCUUCGGGCUGCGGCAAGUCGACGACGAUUGCGCUUCUCGAGCGAUUCUACGACCCGUUGGCAGGUGGCAUUUAUAUUGACGGCAAGGAGAUUAGCACGCUCAACGUAAACAAUUACCGGUCCUUCAUCGCGCUCGUCAGUCAAGAGCCUACACUGUACCAGGGCUCCAUUCGCGAGAACAUCCUGCUCGGCACUCCCCACGAGGCCACGGAUGAGGCCAUUGAGUUUGCAUGCCGUGAGGCCAACAUCUACGACUUCAUCGUGUCUUUGCCCGACGGCUUCAACACAGUCGUCGGCAGCAAGGGUGCCCUCCUGUCGGGUGGACAGAAGCAGCGCAUUGCCAUUGCACGUGCAUUGAUCCGAGACCCGAAGAUCCUGCUGCUAGACGAGGCGACGUCCGCGUUGGACUCGGAGUCGGAGCACGUUGUGCAGGCAGCCCUCGACAAGGCGGCCAAGGGACGGACGACGAUUGCCGUCGCGCACAGGCUGAGCACUAUCCAAAAGGCGGAUGUGAUUUAUGUAUUCGAUCAGGGACGGAUCGUAGAGCAGGGUACACACACGGAGCUCAUGCGGGCGAACGGCCGGUACGCCGAGCUGGUCAACCUGCAGAGCCUGGAGAAGCAUACAUAA